GCGCCAGGGGCCCAAGGACAAAUGGAGCAACUUCGACCCCACGGGCCUGGAGCGCGCGGCCAAGGCGGCGAGGGAGCUGGACGCGUCCCGGCACGCGAAAGAUGCCCUCAGCCUCGCCCAGAUGCAAGAGCAGACCCUGCAGCUGGAGCAGCAAACCAAGCUCAAGGAAUAUGAAGCUGCCAUAGAACAGCUGAAGAGUGAACAGAUACGGGUGCAAGCAGAAGAGAGAAGAAAAACACUUACUGAGGAAACAAAACAGCAUCAAGCACGAGCCCAAUAUCAGGACAAAUUGGCAAGGCAGCGCUAUGAUGAACAGAUGCGACAACAGCAACUCGCUAAUGAAGAGAAUCUGAGGAAGCAGGAGGAGUCUGUGCAGAAGCAAGAAGCCAUGAGGCGAGCCACUGUAGAGCGCGAGAUGGAGCUGCGGCAUAAAAAUGAAAUGCUGCGUGUUGAGGCUGAGGCCAGAGCCCGAGCCAAGGCCGAGCGGGAGAACGCGGACAUCAUCCGGGAGCAGAUCCGCCUGAAGGCCGCUGAGCAUCGCCAGACGGUGCUGGAGUCCCUCAAGACAGCUGGGAUGCUCUUCGGGGAAGGCUUCCGUGCUUUUGUAACAGACUGGGAUAAAGUUACAGCCACGGUGGCUGGCCUGACCCUGCUGGCCGUGGGCGUUUACUCUGCCAAGAACGCGACUGCGGUAGCAGGGCGAUACAUAGAAGCCCGGCUGGGGAAACCUUCCCUCGUGAGAGAGACCUCACGCAUCACUGUGCUUGAGGCACUCAAGCACCCUAUUAUGGUUGGAAAGCGUCUUACCAGCAAGGCUCAGGAUGCUCUUGAAGGAGUUGUUCUCAGUCCAAAGUUGGAAGCACGUGUGAGAGACAUUGCCAUAGCAACAAGAAAUACAAAAAAGAACAAAAGCCUAUACAGGAAUAUCCUUAUGUAUGGUCCCCCUGGCACUGGAAAGACGCUCUUUGCCAAGAAAUUAGCUGUGCAUUCGGGCAUGGACUAUGCCAUCAUGACGGGUGGCGACGUUGCCCCUAUGGGGCGGGAAGGAGUCACGGCCAUGCACAAACUCUUCGACUGGGCAAACACCAGUAGGAGAGGUCUUUUGCUGUUUGUGGAUGAAGCAGAUGCUUUCCUGCGGAAGAGGGCAACAGAGAAAAUCAGUGAAGACCUCAGAGCAACUUUAAAUGCACUUAGUAGAUAUUAUCCUGAAGUGAGUUCCAGGUUUAUGCUUGUUUUAGCCAGUAACCAGCCUGAGCAAUUCGACUGGGCCAUCAAUGACCGAAUAGAUGAAAUAGUGAAUUUUGAUCUACCCAAGCUAGAAGAACGGGAGCGGCUUGUGAGGAUGUAUUUUGAUAGACAUGUCUUGAAGCCAGCCACAGAGGGCAAACAGCGCCUGAAGCUGGCCCAGUUUGACUAUGGGAAGAAGUGCUCGGAGAUUGCCAGACUCACGGAGGGCAUGUCCGGCCGCGAGAUCUCGCAGCUGGCCGUGGCGUGGCAGGCCGCAGCGUACGCGUCGGAGGACGGGGUCCUGACAGAGGCCAUGAUCGAUGCCCGCGUCGCCGACGCCGUGCAGCAGCACAGGCAGAAAAUGGACUGGCUGAAAGCAGAGGGUGCCGAGGGCAGCCAAGGGGCCCUCAGGAACUCGCCUUUCCCAGCGGGAUCGCCCGUGUGA